AUGGAGAGAAUGACACCUAGGGGACCACCUGGCCAUCCUCACCAGGGGGAGACCUCUACCUGCUGGCAGCUCACCGUGAGGGUCCUGGAGGCACGGGGCCUGGGCUGGGCUGACCUCUUGAGCAAGGCAGACCCCUAUGUGAUCCUACAGCUGCCAACCGCACCUGGAACAAAGUUUAAGACAAAAACAGUCACCAACUCCAGUCAUCCUGUGUGGAACGAGACCUUCACUUUCCUGAUCCAAAGUCAGGUCAAGAAUGUUCUGGAGCUGAGCAUCUAUGACAAGGAUGCCGUCAAGACGGACGACGCCUGCUUCAAGGUUCUCUGUGAUGUCUCUGGCCUCCCUGGCAGGUUGCUCUGGAACACCUUCUCCCUGCAUCCCCAGGGACCGGAGGAGCUGGACGUGGAGUUCCUGAUGGAGAAAACGUCAGGCUGCCCAGAAAACCUCAUCACCAGCAACGUGCUUGUGGCCCGAGAACUGUCUUGCCUGGAUGUUCAUCUGGACAGCAUGGGGAGCACAGCCGAGGCUGCAGAUCAGGACGAGCUGGAGCUGGAGCUGGUGCUGAAGGGCUCAUAUGAGGACACACAGACAUCUGCCCUGGGAACAGCCUCUGCCUUCUGCUUCCACUACAUGGCAGCCCAAGAGGCAGAGCUGAGUGGGUGCCUGAGGACCUCUAAAAGCAAUGGCUGGAACUCAGGCAACUCAGCUGGGUACCUCACUGUACCCCUAAGGUCCUUGGCCAUCAGGGAGGAGGUGACAGUUGACGUUCCUGCUACAAAUGCCCCAGGAGUGAAGCUGCAGCUCAAGACUGAGAGCUGCCCGAAGGAGCUGGCUGUGCAUCUGGGCUUCGAUUUGUGUGCGGAGGAGAAAGCCUUCCUGAGCAGGAGGAAGCAGGUGGUGGCCAAGGCCCUGAAGCAGGCCCCACAGCUGGACAGAGACCUACAGGAAGAUGAGGUCCCCGUCGUGGGCAUCAUGGCCACAGGAGGAGGUGCCCGGGCCAUGACCUCUCUCUAUGGCCACCUGUUGGCCCUGCAGAAGCUGGGCCUUCUGGACUGUGUGACCUACUUCAGUGGCAUCUCGGGCUCUACAUGGACAAUGGCCCAUCUGUAUGGGGACCCUGAGUGGUCGCACAGAGACCUGAAGGGACCCAUUGGACACGCCCGGGAGCACCUGGCCAAGAGCAAGCUGGAGGCCUUCUCUCCUGAGCGCCUGGCGAGCUACCAUCGGGAGCUGGAACAACGGGCUGAGCAGGGCUACCCCACAACCUUUGUGGACCUGUGGGGUCUGGUGCUGGAGUUCGCGCUGCACGGACAGGUGAUGGAUCAGAAGCUGUCGGGACAGAGAGCUGCGCUGGAGUGGGGCCAGAACCCUCUGCCCCUCUACCUGAGCCUCAAUGUCAAAGAGAACAAUCUGCAGACCCUGGACUUCAAGGAGUGGGUCGAGUUCUCCCCCUACGAGGUCGGGUUCCUGAAGUACGGCGCCUUCAUCCCCUCUGAGCUCUUCGGCUCGGAGUUCUUCAUGGGGCGGCUGAUGAGGAGGAUCCCCGAGUCCCGAAUCUGCUUCCUGGAAGGUAUCUGGAGCAACAUUUUCUCCCUGAACUUGCUGGAUGCCUGGUAUGACCUCACCAGCUCCAGUGACGCCUGGAAGCAGCACAUCAAGGACAAGAUCAGGAACCUGGAGAGGAAUCCUCCUCCCUCCUCGGGGACCUCCUCAGGGCCGGAGGCCUUGUGGCUCCAGCCUGGAACAGCGCUAGCCCAGAUGUUGAAGGGCUUCCUGACGAGCAGACCACUCUACCAGCACAGCUCCAACUUCCUCCAGGGCCUCCAGCUGCACCAGGACUACUGUGCCCAGAAGGACUUCUCCACCUGGGCAGACCGCCAGGUAGACUCCUCCGCCGGGCAGCUGACCCCACAGGAGCCCCAGCUCUGCUUGGUGGGUGCCGGCUACUUCCUCAACACCAGCUGUCCCUCCAUGUUCCGGCCAGGCCGCAGGCUGGACCUCAUAAUCUUCGACUACUCUCUACCCUCGCCCUUUGAGGUGCUGCAGCAGACGGAGCUAGACUGCCGGGCCCGGGGGCUGCCGUUCCCCCACGUGGAGCCCAGCCUUCAGGACCGACGCCAGCCCCGGGAGUGCCACCUCUUCUCAGACCCUACCUGCCCUGAUGCCCCUGUCCUGCUUCACUUCCCGCUGGUAAACGCCUCCUUCAGGGACCACUCAGCCCCAGGUGUCCAGCGCAGCCCUGCAGAGCUCCCAGCAGGCCAGGUGGAUCUCACAGGGGUCAACUCCCCCUAUUCCAUGUUCAACAUGACCUACAAGGAGGAAGAUUUUGACCGCCUGCUGCAGCUCAGUGACUACAACGUACGGAACAGCCAGGGCACCAUCCUGCAGGCUUUGAGGACCUCUCUGAGACACAGGGCCCCGGGGCCCAGGCCUCCAGAGCCGCAGGCUUGA